AUGUUUUUGUCAAACACAACAUUACCAGCCCAAGCCACUGUGGUUAAGACAAAUCCACGAAGAGACGAGGAAGGACAUGACAUGCUCAUAGAUAUAACAGAGAGAGCAGCACAGCGACUCGAAGAGAUCAUGGCCAAAGACUCAAAUCCUGAACUCGCCCUCAGAGUAACCGUUGAAUCGGGCGGUUGUCACGGCUUCCAGUACCUCAUGUCUCUCACCAAAACCUCCAGCCUUUCGCCGGAAGAUGACACUAUCUUCGAAGUUGAUAACGGGUCAGGGGCAAAAGUGGUCAUGGAUGAACCAAGUCUUGAGCUGCUGAAAGGAAGCAAAGUUGAUUUCACAAUGGAACUGAUUGGGAGCCAAUUCAAGAUUGUUGGCAAUCCAGCGGCUACAAGUAGCUGUGGCUGUGGCACGAGUUUUGAUAUCCAAGCCUAG